AUGGCCUCGGUGUUGGUUUAUCAUGUGGUGGGAGAUCUGACGGUGGGGAAGCCGGAGUUGGUUGAGUUUCAUGUAACGGAGACGGUGGAGUCUGCGAUUAGAGCGAUUGCGGAAUCGCCGGAAGGGAGUAUUCCGGUCUGGAAGAAGAGAUCUGUUGGGGUGAUUGAGAAUAGUGAUAUGAGACAGAUGAGGUUUGUUGGGAUUCUUAGUUCGUUUGAUAUUGUUGCGUUCUUGGCUAAGACUCACUGUUUGGAGGAUCAAGAUAAGGCUAUGAAGACACCGGUUUCUGAGGUUGUUCUUUCCAAUAAUUCUUUGCUUAGAUUGGUUGAUCCUGGAACAAGGGUGAUAGAUGCACUGGACAUGAUGAAGCAAGGCGUUAAACGUUUGCUUGUUCCAAAGAGUAUAGUAUGGAAGGGCAUGAGUAAGCGUUUCUCGGUAAUCUACUAUGGCAAGUGGCCUAAGACUCCUGAAUCUCCUAGCAGCAGCAGCAACAAUCUACCUGCGAAUGUAAACCGGAACGCCUCAGCAUUCAUCCGUGAUAAGUACUGUUGUCUAUCCAGAGAAGACGUACUCCGUUUCAUCAUCGGUUGUCUUGGAGCUCUAGCUCCUAUUCCUCUCACUUCCAUCGCUGCACUCGGAGCAAUUAAUCCAAACUACAGCUACAUUGAAUCCUCCACUCCCGCACUCGAAUCAUCUCAAAAGGUUCCUCAAGACCCAAGUGCAGUUGCAGUAAUAGAAACCACGUCAGACGGUCAGUGUAAGAUCAUUGGAGAAAUUUCUGCAAUCAAAUUAUGGAAAUGUGAUUACAUAUCCGCCGCAUGGGCUUUAGCAAAUCUCACGGCAGGACAGUUUGUUAUGGGAGUUGAAGAUAACGUCACCUCAAGAUCACUGCCUGACUUCUGUGUCAAUUCAAGAUCCGGAGGAGAUAAUGAUUUGGUUAAUGGUGGUUCGAGAAAACCAAAGAAAUUCAGUAGCAGGAGUAUCGGAUUCUUCAACAAAUCUGCAAGCCAUAGUUUUGGUUCGAGGAGCAUGUAUCGAGGUAGAAGUGCACCGUUGACAUGUAAAAUGACUAGUUCAUUGGCUGCUGUCAUGGCUCAGGUGCUAUCUCAUAGAGCAACUCAUGUUUGGGUGACUGAGGACGAGAAUGAAGAGAUUUUAGUUGGUGUCGUUGGAUAUGCUGAUAUAUUAGGUGCUGUGACCAAACCACCUACAAUAUUUCCUCCUGCUAAUAAAUCCUCAGAAGGGAGUGUACAUGAAAUUCAGUGUUGA